UAACAACCAGAAGCCCGGAGAGCGGAGCUAGGCAAAGCGAGCGUUGAGAUUAACGCGCCGCCGGGAGAAAGUAAAAGAAUCUUGGGAAGCUGAACGUUCCAAAGAAGUUACAUUCCAGGGAGGGAAAGCAGCCCUUUAUGCAAACGGCUGCCCGAGAGCUCGCACUUUCUCACGGAGGCGGUGGAUCUUGCCGCCCUUCUCGGAGGGGGGCGAAGAGGAGGAGGAGAAAGACCGGGGGGGCUUUUUUAAAGCGGGGGCAAAGAAAAUGAAUCGGAGUUUUAAUAAAUCGCAGAGUCUGCGGUAUUUCGGUUACAGUGCGGUGGAAGUAAAAAGCAAGUUUGGAGCAGAAUUUCGAAGAUUUUCUCUGGAUCGUUUCAAGCCAGGAAAAUUCGAAGAUUUCUACAAACUUCUCCUUCACAUCCACCAUAUUUCCAACAUGGUGGUAAUGAUAGGCUACGCGGACAUCCACGGGGAUCUUCUUCCCAUUAAUAAUGAUGACAACUUCUUCAAGGCUGUUUCCAGCGCAAACCCGUUGCUUAGGAUUUUUAUCCAGAAACAAGACGAAGCGGAUUAUGGAAAUUUUGGUUCAAACACCUUAACAAGGAAAAAGAAGGCUCUGGUGACCCUCCGUAAUGACAACCUUCGCCGGCGUCCUCAUGUUAAUAUCAGCAUGCCUCAAGACUUCAGACCAGUGUCUUCUAUCAUUGAUGUGGAUAUUCUGCCUGAAACUCAUAGAAGGGUACGACUGUAUCGCCACGGGUGUGAGAAAACCACUGGAUUUUAUAUUCGUGAUGGCACCAGCGUAAGAGUGACCCAUGGGUUGGAAAAAGUUCCUGGCAUUUCAUCUCACGGAUGGUUCCUGGGGGUUAGCCGAGAGUACAGCUUGCUUGCCGUCAACGAUGAAGUCUUGGAAGUGAACGGGAUAGAAGUGGCAGGAAAAACCCUUGAUCAGGUGACGGAUAUGAUGAUUGCCAAUAGCCAUAAUCUUAUCAUCACAGUCAAGCCAGCAAACCAAAGGAACAAUAUUAUCAGAAGCAGUCGGAUGUCUGGAAGCUCUGGUCAGUCUACAGACAGCACUGCCAGCCAUCACAGUUUGCCUUCUUCUCAUGUUCUACAAAACUUCCAUCCGGACGAAAUGGAGAGCGAUGAGGAUGCUGACAUCGUAAUUGAAGGCUGCCUGGAGCCACAGCCCAUUCCAAAAUCUCACAGUCUUCCUGCCGGUAGCCUUUCCCGAAUCAAUGGCAACAGUCUUAGCCACAGACUACAGAGAGACCUAGUAUUCAACAACAGCUUUGGACGAGAAAGCAAUGGCAAUAUUCACAAAAUCCUUAGUUCCUUAACUGAUCCUCGUCAUAGUUUAGUUAUUCCCAAAGGAGGCAUUGAAGAAGAUGGAACUGUGAUAACACUUAAUGGAUGCUUUUGAGUUUUAUUUCUUUCUGGAAGUGCCUCCUGGAACAAUUCAAUCAAUCUACAUGCAGAAGAGUGAGAGUUGUCACUUGUCAUAAAGGUUCUGAUGUGCGAGAUAAGUUACUUUCCUGGAAGGACAAUUUUUCUGAUUAGACAUAAAAGUAUUGUCUGGUGUAACCCAUGGAAAUUGUAAAUAUGAUUUCUGCUUCAUCAAUUAAUCUCAGAGGAUAACAAUUACGUAUCUUCCAAAAACUUAUUUCUGCCACUAGGUAAUUGUUUCCUAGCUUUUUUUA